UCCCCAUCCAUCCAUACCCCCUCCCCCCAAAAAAACUCUAACCCUAACCCUACCACCGCCACCGCCACCGCCAUGUCCGGCCACAUCGACCUCAACAACGCCGCCGCCGACCCCCAAACCAAGCGCGGCCGCGGCCGCCCCCGCAAGAACCCCCCGCCGCCCCCCAGCCACCCGCGCCCUCCGGAUCCCAACGCCCCUAGGGUCGGCGGCUUCGCCCCCGGCGACAUGGUCUGGGGCAAGAAGCUCACCCACGCCGCAUGGCCGGGCCUCGUCUACUCCGCCGGCGGCAACGGCACCGGCCACGAGGGCCAGCUCCUCGUCUCCUACUUCGGCGACAAGGCCUUCGCCUGGUGCGACGCCGCCGAGCUCAGGCCCUACGAGCCCUACUUCCCCGUCGCCGAGCUCUACGACGACGGCGGCGAGGACUUCGACGCCGCGCUCGAAGCCUCCCUCGACGAGUUCUCCCGCCGCGUCGAGGACGCCCUCGCCACCGACCACUCCAUGGCCCAGCGCCCCUUUCUUCCCACCGAUUUCAUCGCAUUGCUCCGCGAUCUGGCCGCCGAUCGCAUGGGAUUCACCAACAGGGUCCAGGCCGCCGUUGCAAAGGCGCAUGUCAGAGCCUUCGAUAAGUUCAGGGCUCUGCCGGACCCGCCUCAGUACACCUUGGAGCUCGGCUUGCUCAAUGAUGCCCCCGACAUCAUGCCCAAACCUAAAGCCAGGGAUGCCUCCUUCAACUGCAACUCAGCUUCCACCCCAUCCAGGAGGGGGAGGAAGAGGAAGGAGGAAGUCAUCAAGGACGACUCCGAUGAGGACUGGGACCCCAGAAAGAAGGGGGGCACUGACUCCGAUUCCGAUGUGGAUUUCGACCGCAGGAUGGGCUCCAGAGGAAGGGGCAGUGGUGCGCUGCGUGGGAGGCCUCGCGGGAGGCCCAGGAAAACUGAUGCCCGGAUGGAUGCACAGCUCAAGGAUGAGGAGAUGGACGAGAAAAUGGAGUACCCAUCAGCCGCUCAGAUGUUGCUCCAGCUUUCAUCACUUGCUGCUGAUCCUGUAUAUGGUAACUAUGACUCUGUUCCUGUGAUUGUUAGCUUCUUCUCAAAGUACAAGGACUCGGAAGCGCCUAGUGUAUACGAAGAUAAAGAGCUGCUGGAGAUCUUUGGUACCAAGAAGGGUAGGAAAAAGUCGAUCGGAACCUUGUGCACAGCCACAAAGGCAGAAGCUUACGAUGACAAUGAACAAUUGGUGACUGCGGAUGGUCAGAGGGGCCGGAGAAAGUCUGCGGGGAGCUUGUACUCAGCUAGAAAGGCGGAAGAUUCGUAUUGGUGCAAUAUCAUCAUCAGCGAUUUUGAUGAUGGAGAUAGUGAUUACGAAGGCCACAAAAGGAAGCGGGCGUCUCAGAACAGGAGUGGCAAUAAGAAGAUGAAGCAAGAGGAGCCACCUCAAGGUGGGGCCUCUACUGAUCCUCCUUCAGAUGAGAAACCGGCAGAUGGUCCGGCAGCUUUGAUCUUACAUUUUAGUAGUCCAGAAGCUAUUCCUUCUGUGGAUGACAUCAAUAGCAUAUUCCGCAUACAUGGACCUAUCAUGGAGUGUGAGACCGAGAUCACUAAGAAGUCAAAAAUUGCAAAAGUUGUUUUUUCCAAGCGUGCUGACGCAGAACGGGCAUUUAACAGUUCAGGAAGGUAUAAUGCGUUUGGUCCAUCGCUUCUGAACUAUGAAAUUAAAUACUUGCCAUCCGCGCCCUAGGUUUCUUAAGUGCUGCAGUCUAAACUGGGUAUGCUGCCAUUCAGAGGAAAUGCACCAUGAAGAUUGGAGCAAGGGAGCAUGAGUUCAUGCCACUGACUUAGAGCUAGGACAGCUCACUGACCAGGUCACAUUAGUCACUGAGUUGGGUGAGCAAAUUUUAGGCUUUCUCUGGUUACAUGCGUCUGGACGUCUGGCUGUGUACUUGGUAUUGGAGUUAGUUUAUUCUAGCAUGUUAGCAACUUAUCCUUUUUGUAUUUCCUAGUAAUUGCACAGCUGUGGAUCUUUAUGUUAUGUUGUUUUUCAGCU